AUGAAUCAGGCCCCAUCCGACAGUACCGAAGACAGCAAAGGAAGGCCACUCGUAGAACGUGUAGGCACCCAAGGUUACGUUCACAUCCAUGUUCUACACAAACAUACUCACCAAACCGUCAACGGCGAACUCAAGUCGCCCGAAUCCCACGCGCCUCCAAGCUCCCCAACAUCGAAAAAAUGCCCGGCGCCCUGCAAGCAGACAUCGCGCGCGAAGUCAUUUACCUACCACCCCCCCUCCCGGGGCCGUCCUCCAAUGCGCUCACAAUAUCCCCCAUCCCAAAUCUCGAUCCCUCCAACAUCGAAUUCUCCAAAAACCCGGAAUCUAACCUCCCCCCUAGUCCCUUCCUCCCCAUCAUCCAUGCAUACGAAGCCAUGUAUGAAUCACAAAACACCCUUCCCAGCAAUACCAACAUCCUCAGAAAAAGAAACCCCCGGGAUGACCCAAGCUUUCACAAGCAAUAGCAUAAAACUCCAAAAAUCCAACAAGAUCAGACGAACCACCAACCGUUUGACGCGUACGGGAGAUGAGAUGAUGUGUACUUCCCACAUGGUCAGAAAGGCCAGCACGAUCCCUGCCCUGUGCCGACACAGACCAACGAAUAUCCUCGUUCCAUCAACACACGCACACAUAAAAUCAACCACAACCUCUAUCAACCUCUCCAAGAUCCAAGGCCCCAACUCCAAAGGACCAACAUUGGAAAAAGCAUGGUCCGGGCCCCUACCCAACCUUCCCGCCGUGACGCUCCGGCCGCCCCGGGUGGAUUUCUUUUGGGGGAUCUCGCAUCAUGCCCCAUGA